AUGUCGGUUGCAUGCACUCGUGAACUCGAACUACAUGUCAGACUCCGCUCCGUAGCCCGGCCCGACCUUUGCCCCCAAAACUUUCUGCUUAAAACUCUUCAACUUCAGUCACAAUCAUUCAAACCACCACAAUGUCGGAACAAGAGCAAGCUGCUGGCAAGAGAAAGCGUGCGAGUAAGUGUUUCUGAAUUUCCUCAUGUCACAUCUCCUUUUUCUUCACAUGGGCCAACCCUUGCUUGCACACAUGUCGGUCGGACAUUUGGACGUGCUCCGCACCUACACUUGAUCCGCCUUGGGCGAAGCAAAAUUUGCACCUGUCAUGACAAGGGGGUUUAUAGUCAAUACUUGGCUUCCAGGUCAAUAGUUCUCAAUUGGGCUACGUGUGUGACCUAUCGGGCCCAAUUCCCCCUUGUCACUUCUCUGUUUUUACCCCUCCUGCAUACUUUGCCUCUCCAAAUGUCUAACGGUCUAUCUACAGGGACCCAGUCGUGCCCUCCUCCUGAGCUGCCCCAGCUGGUUGCGGAGCAACAUCUUGCCAUUCCUUCUCACGACAAGGACACUCAGCGCCUGAUUGUGGUUCUCUCCAAUGCCAGCUUGGAAACCUACAAGGCGGUCUCCAGUGGCCGUAGUGGCACCAAGGAUGAGAAGUUCUCUUUGCUCAACAGCGAUGAGCACAUCGGUAUCAUGCGCAAGAUGAAUCGUGAUAUCAGCGAAGCUCGCCCCGAUAUCACUCACCAGUGCCUUUUGACUCUGCUUGAUUCGCCCGUCAACAAAGCCGGUCGCCUCCAGAUCUUCAUCCACACCGCCAAGGGAGUUUUGAUCGAGGUUAACCCCUCUGUCCGCAUUCCCCGAACUUUCAAGCGGUUCGCCGGUCUCAUGGUUCAGCUGCUCCACCGCCUCUCCAUUCGCUCCACCAACUCACAGGAGAAGCUGCUGAAGGUUAUCAAGAACCCCAUCACCGACCACCUCCCUCCCAACUGCCGUAAGGUGACUAUGAGUUUCGAGGCACCCUUGGUGCGCACUCGGGACUAUUUAGAGUCUCUCAAGCCCAACGAGAGUGUCGCCAUCUUUGUCGGUGCCAUGGCCAAGGGUCACGAUGACUUUGCCGAUACUUUCAAGGAUGAGAGCAUCAGUAUCAGCAACUACAGUCUGAGUGCCAGUGUGGCCUGUAGCAAGUUCUGCCACGCGGCCGAAGAGGUCUGGGACAUCCUGUGA